AUGGCUCUACCCCAGUAUACUACCUCACAGAACGGUGAAAAUCUUGGCGUGCUACUCCAAUGGAGGCUUCUAAUUGUGGCCGCGAUACUGCUCCUGGUAGUCUUCUUUCUUCGAUGCUCGAAGGCCCCUACUCUCGAUAUCAAGCAGUACUCAAACUUUCCCCAGCCAGAAGAGGCAGACCCCGCAAAGAGGGCAUUGGCCAUGGAUCGAGAAGUCUACUGGUCUAGGGGAUCCUCGAAGGGCUUUUGGCACAGAAGCUCGGGUUCCCCCGUACUUCUCGUCGACUGGCGCCCUAUCGAGAAGUUCCUGAUUCUGUUUAUCCUGGACAAUGAGGUCGCUGAGCACACCACAAAACCAUCGAAGCAGUACAGUACCAGCGUACCGAAACAUCCUGCCAUACAGCAUCUAGCUCCUCUAGUUGGCGCACGGUCUCUUGUUACAACCGAUGGCGAUGAGUGGAAGGGCUUGCGAAAAAGGAUUCUCCCGGGCUUCCAACCCCAGCAUCUUCACAGUCUUGCGAGGGUCAUUCUAGACAAGUCACGGACCUUUAUUGAGUUUAUGGAGCAGAAGGCCGCCACUGGUGCUAACUUUUGCAUGGACGAGUACACCACGAAUUUGACAUUUGACGUCAUCGGCCUUCAACAGCGAGUGCCCGGAAAGCACUGGCUGUGGACGUACUUGACCGACAAUGAACGAACAAUCAGACACUUUGAUAAGAGGCUCGAUUGUAUUCUCAAGGAAGAAAUUAUCAAGCAGCACAAAAAGUUGUUGGCCGGUGACUCGACAGCAUCCCGAAGUGUGGCGACCCUUAGUCUGCACGGCAUCAGUGUCCUAACUCCCAAGAUCCUCCAACAGACUAGCGAUACUCUGCGAGGCUUCCUCUUCGCUGGUCACGACACGACGAGUAUCCUGCUGCAAUGGUGCUUUUAUGAGCUUCACAGAUGCCCUUCCUCAGCACAAGCUCUAAAGGAUGAACUUGAUGAGGUUUUCGGGGAGGCUUCAAACCCGAAGUCUGUUAUGGAUCAGCUUUACGGGCCUGAAGCUGGAAAGCUGUUGAGCCGUCUACCCUAUACCGAUGCGAUCAUCAAAGAGGCACUAAGACUUCACCCACCCGGCACCAUUGCUCGAGUUGCACCUAGGGGAUCUAAUACUACUCUGACUUUGCCGAACGGACAGAAGCUGGUAGUCGACGACUUGUGUGUAACACCGCGUGCAUAUGUCAUUCAGCGCCACCCCAAGGUCUUUGGCGAGACCAAUGACGACUUCGUGCCCGAACGGUGGCUUGGGGAAGAGGGGUCGAAGAUUCCAGACAAGCUUGCGAACCUAGAGGUGCGAAUCGUUUUGGCAUGCGUUGCGAGGUACUUUGAAUUCGUCAAGGUUGGCCAGGGCGAGCUGGAUCUUGACGAGAAGGGACUGCCUGUGCUCAAUGACAAGGGCUUCUACAAGACCAAAUCUACCAUGUUCUCUGUAAGUGGCAAGGGAUGA